UCCUCCUACUCACUAUUCCACUACUUCAAACAGCUGAUUUCCAAGAAAGAAAGGGAUCAUUCGGAAGAAAUGGUUAGCAGAUGACAUAGAUAAUAGCGAUGAAAUUAUAUCACAUAGUAGCUGGUUUAAUCUCUCUUGGCACUUUUCAUUUUCUAUCAGUGGGUAUGAUAGGGCUAGCUUGUUAGCAAUUUAGCUAGCUGGCAACCCCGGCUAACGUUAUUCCGCUAACGUUAGUGAUGCAAAACUGACUUUCGUUGUGUAAAAUCAAAAGAGGACUUCUUCGCGAGGCGAACCACGCGGGUUGGUUUUUCGUUCAUUUCGUUUCGUCUACUGAAACUGUUUUUUUGUCAAAGCAAAUAUAUAGGUCACGAAAGUCUGCUAGCUAAAUACCCGGCUGUCUUAUAUGGGCCAUGAGACAGCUGGUUAGCAUUCGGUCUAAUGCCAGCUAGUUAACGUUCUACGAAUCUGAAUUUCAUUGACCGACAACUCGAGCUGGAAGAACCUGGUGUUUGCUACCUUUUUUAUUUAUUUUGAUUUAGCUACCUCUGAAACUGGUUAGCUAUAACAUAAGCUAGUGUAUGCAAACACAGGUGUGUGUACUUUUCGGUUGAGCUAGCUCGUUAGUUAACAUCAACCAGACAAAGGUUGCUAUCUGAGCCCGGGGCAAUAAACUCAUGUAGUGCGAGCUGGUAGCCAGGUAAUGUAACAUAGCAUUGUUAGAUAAAGGGAGACUUCUUACUCAUCGUAAAAUUAGGCCACAAAACAGAAAGCACAAAUGUAUUAACAGUGAUGGGCAUUGCUUCCCCCAGCCAGACUGGUUGAUUGAUUAUGUGAUCGCUGGUCAAUUAGAUAGCGUUUGUGUCGAUAUACCUCAGGAAUUUCUGGACCCGACGGACAGUGUUUUCGAUCACACUGCUGACGUUAUACUUUUGGGUUUCUGUCGUGACCUAACGUUACCUACCUCACUAAAGCCAAUAAUGGUGAUUCCACGACAAUAGUCUAAUAGCAAGCUAAAUAACACUGCUCCUGUUAUUAUAUAGCUAACAAGAUGGCUGCUAGCCAUAUCAGACAUGGUUUACAUUCUCUGUUGCAUGUUCUACAAGCAAGGAACAGAGUCACAACCAUGCCUGCAUAGAAUACUGAAGUCAAGCUCUCGGUUCAUGUAUAUGUAAUGCAUGCAACGCUCAAAGCGAGUACAGUAUUAGACAUAGCUCCCAAACGAACCCUUCUGAUAGGGGUUUGAAAUAGAAUGGCAUUCCAUGGUACAGGCCUGCAGCAGACAGUAUGUGGUAACCUGUUCCCCGGAUCUGAGUUGGGGCAUAACAAGUAUUUUUGCGUCAACACCUCAACUGGAUCCACUUCCACGGGCCUCAGUGCAACUCCAAGUCUAACUGGACCCACUGCCCCUGCGGGGACACCUCGACACCCGACGUCUCUUGGGGGAAGCACCGGUGGUGGGGCCGCUGUACCACAGCCUCAUAGUAGUCCUGCCAGUGAAGUGCCAAGCCCCGCUGAGAUGGAGCCUGAUCGACCUAUCGGUUAUGGCGCAUUUGGUGUGGUCUGGUCAGUGACAGACCCUCGUGACGGGCGUAAGGUAGCCCUGAAGAAGAUGCCCAAUGUCUUCCAGAACCUAGUCUCCUGUAAGAGGGUCUUCAGAGAGCUGAGGAUGCUCUGCUUCUUCAAACACGACAACGUGUUGUCAGCGCUGGACAUUCUGCAGCCUCCGCAGAUCGACUGCUUCGAGGAAAUCUACGUGAUCACUGAGUUGAUGCAGAGUGACCUCCACAAAGUCAUCGUGUCUCCCCAGCCCCUCACCACCGACCACAUCAAAGUGUUCCUCUACCAGAUCCUCAGAGGGCUGAAGUACCUGCAUUCUGCUAGCAUCCUGCACAGGGACAUCAAACCUGGGAACCUGUUAGUCAACAGCAAUUGCCUGCUCAAGAUCUGUGACUUUGGGCUGGCACGUGUGGAGGAGCCGGACCAGUCUCGUCACAUGACCCAGGAGGUGGUGACUCAGUACUACCGGGCUCCUGAGGUGCUGAUGGGCAGCCGCCAUUAUGGCUCUGCCAUAGACGUCUGGUCGGUGGGAUGCAUCUUCGCCGAACUACUGGGUCGACGCAUCCUGUUCCAGGCCCAGAGCCCCAUACAACAGUUGGACCUGAUCACUGAUCUGCUGGGUACCCCUCCUCUCUCUGCCAUGGCAUCUGCCUGUGAGGGGGCCAGAGCUCACAUCCUGAGAGGACCUCACAAACCGCCGUCACUCUCUGUGUUAUACAUGCUGUCGGACGGGGCGACCCACGAGGCCGUGCACCUGUUGUGUCGUAUGCUGGUGUUUGAUCCGGCCAAACGGAUCUCGGGCAGCGACGCCCUCUCCCACCCCUACCUGGACGAGGGCCGUCUGCGCUACCACACGUGCAUGUGCCAGUGCUGCUACUCUGUGCCCAGCGGGCGUGUGUACACGCGUGACUUUGAACCGCCCGCCGACCGCAACUUCAGCCACAGCUACGAUAACAGCCUGCUCUCUGUCUGGCAGGGCAAAGAGCUCAUCCAUCACUUCAUAACAGAGCACCAGCAGGGGAAACGAGUGCCGCUGUGCAUCAACCCGCAGAGUGCUGCCUUCAAGACCUUCAUCAGGUCUACUGCGUGGCAUUCCUCCAAAGUCUCCAGGAAGGAGGAGAGAUGAAGGGGAGUGUCGUUCAUGUACAAGAGGAAUCGUGGGAAAUUCAGUUUGAUAAAAAGAACAAGACAAGCUUUGGUUCAUAUACUAGAGAGAGGCUUGGGUUUCUCUAGAUGAAGGGGAGGUGUGAAUGAAACCGUACGCCAACCUCUCCCGAGAGAAGAACGGUGUCUGUCAGAGGAAAUGCUCACUUUUAUUAAAGACUACAUUUCCCUUCAAUGAAAACUACAGUUCCCAACUAUGAAAAUGGCUAUUGACACUGGGGGAAGACUUGAGGACACCAACGCUAUAGGCAUUUCUGAAAACUAAAAUGUGCUGCUGAAUUUUAAAAAAGGAAUAAAAGAAAGAGCGAAGACUGGUAGAAGAGGAAAAUUAUUGGAAACAUUUAUUACUAGAAGAGUUGAGGUUGGUUGUGUUGUGCUCCAACGUGGAUGGCGGAGACAAAGGAAUAGCUGUUUUAUUAUUUAUGUUGAAUAAUUGUUCUGCUCUGUUAAGUCAUUCCAGCCGCGUGCAAUAUGAUGAAAAGCAACGUGCUCCUGGCGAUACCAUACUCUCUUUACCUGUGCGCUCAGUGACUUAGGCAUGUUAAUGUCACAUUGAUGACCCUACCUUUUUAAUCAUUGAUUUCUAUUGAUUUGGUUUGAUAGUUUCACUGGACCCAUUCUCAAUAUCUUCGGUAAACUGGUCUUAGAUCUGCGCUACAAAUGCAACCUCUGGCCUUGAGCGUGGCUCCGUGCUACUUUUGAAUCUUCCCUCCCAAUCUGCCCUUGUCCAUAAGACCAAAACAUUUAAGACAACAAAUUGACCGGGUUCUUUGAUUGGGUGGGGCCACAGCAGGGGAGGAGCUUCUGGGACUCGAGGUAGAUGGAGCCUCGCCCAUGUUUUUAAUAUCAUAUUAUUUUAUAUUUUAAUUUAUUGUUUGAUUUAGCUUCUCUGAGUGGCAGUUUGAGCUUGAGCACAUGUUGUGCCCAUGUACUGAGUAGUCAGCCAUUUCGUUGUGUGUGUGUGUGUUCACGUGUGUAGAGUUUAAGGGAAUGUGCAGUUUUCUACUUCAAUGAUCUCAUUACCUCAAAACAGUUGGAGUCAAAAAGGGAACCCAGAGAGUCUACUGGGUAAAGUGUACAUAGAUCCAACUCAACUACUACGUACUGUAACGUGAUGUCAUUCCUUUGUACUAAAUCACUGUCCUUAAACUCUCCGUCACUCGCCUCCUUUCUCCCUCUUGGAGAGAGGUGAGGAGGAUGAGGGACAGGUGGCAGGAAGAACAGCUUGUUGAAAUGUGUUGGUGAAAUGCUGCUGUGUUUUGGUUUUUCCUUUAUUGGUUUUCCUUUAUCGGUUUAUUUCCAGUUGAGUUCACGGCUCAGGUGUUCCGUUGCAAAGUACUGUGGACCCGACCACGCAAAUACACACCGAUUAUUAUUCACCAAUAACAUUGUGCCUCAAUUUUUUUAUUUUAUUUGACCCACAAAGAGGAACCGCAAAGCUCUGUGCGCUGAAGCUCUGACUGGAGCUAGUACUAACUAAAAAUGAGGCUCCUGAAGACGCCGUACUGUGCUUGAUGGCAUUUCCAUCAUGGCAGUGGUCAGGCCCUUGUCCCACCACUUGAUGGUGCUAUUGGCAGUGUAGGCUAGGGGGUGAUGGGGAUUGCCAAAAUGUUUCACUUAAACCUGCAUGUAUAUUUAUGAUAUUUUUUUAAAGGAAGAGGAUUUGGAUGCAGUGCAAUGGGAGUUGUCGCCAUGGACAAACCUUCCUUGUGGUGAUGUUAAUUAGAUUUUAGGAAAUAUUUUUUGUUUUAAUGUGUUUUUAUUUUGGACUGUUUUGUGAUAUGAUUAAUUUUAAAAGUUUUUUUUGGUUUUCACAACUUGGCUAUUGUCUUUAGUAGAGAGUCCAAGCAGGCUGGGUUUUAGAAGAGCUCACCUGGGACUGUCUCUCUACCUUACACGCUACUUUCUUCACUCUAUCCCCCUCACACUGUCCUCUCGUCUCUGUUUGCCUUUUUAUAGCAGGGUCAUAUUCCCUAGGCACCGAAAAGAAAAGACUCAAACUGUGAGGGACUACUUGAACUUGUCCAAUAAGAAACUUGAUGCAAAAUGUGUUCCUACAGUGUGCACUAAGGAGUAUGACCCAGCUAUGCUUGAGAUAGAAGCCAAAAAGGACAUCUUCCUCGUUGGAGGAGCUUCCUCUGGCAGUUAAAUAGUUUAAAGCAGCUUUUCAUCCUCUCCUUCUUUCCUUUAUUGGCACUGAUAGAAGACAGGUUGAAGCAAUGUAGUAGAGAGAAGCUCAGUUGGGGAUUUGCUUUCACAUGCCCAGUUCUCUUCAGGCCAGGAUCCAUCCCAAAUGGCAACCCAUUCCCUUUCUAGUGCACUACUUUUGAGGGUCCUGGUCAAAAGUAGUGCACUAUAUAGGGUGCCAUUUGGGACGUACACCCCUUACUGAAGGAAAGGAAGCAAGUCUGUAUCCUUCGUUUUGUGCAUCAAUAGGCACGGGAGAGAGACUACACCUGGGAAUGUAGAUGUUAGAAAUACGGGAGAAGAAACUGAUACGUGUGUUUUUGAUUGUUCUGAAUAUGAAACCGAUGUUUUGAAGAAAAAGUUUUUUUUUGUCAUGAUAUUUUAGGAAAAGUCCUUGACUUGUGUUCCUAACAAAUACUUGAAUUUCAUAAGAAAACAACUAGAGUAAAGUAGUGAAUGAAUAAAUGGAUAGUCACUGGAUAAUAUUCCUGUAUGGUGUCUGUCCGCUUAUCGAUGGGGAGGGGGCUCAAAGGGCAACGUUACAUUGUACUGCGUCAGGUUGUUGACUGCUGUUAUUUUUUUUGCCUCGUGUUUUAUUUUGAGGGUUGUUUUUCUCGCGUUCAGAAAGGUUGGUUGUAAUGUCAUUUCUCUCCAACAAUUUUUCAACAGGUUCAAUUUCAACGUGUCUGAUAAUAACUGGCUAUUAUGCCUAUUGCAUUAUAGCCCUAAUUAUGUGAUACUGAGAUAUUAUAAUCAGUUUAUACAUAUGACAAAUGUGUAUUAUCCUUCAGUAAAGUGUUACCCAAUUUAUCACA